AUGGGUCUCCUUUUGGGAACUCUGAAAGAAAAGCAGGAUCCCAAGUGGCAUCCACUCCCAAAUUACCAUCUUAAGGCUUUGAAGGGAUGGCUGAAUGACCCGUGUGCUCCUGGAUAUGACGUUAAAAGAGGGACGUAUCAUUUAUUUUACCAGUGGAAUCCCAAGUCGUGUGAAUGGGGUGACAUUUGCUGGGGACAAUUUAUGAGCAACGACGGCCUAACUUGGGAGCAUAAUGGUUCAGGUCCCGCACUAGAGCGAUCGCUUCCUUACGAUCACCUGGGCAUCUUCACUGGGUGUAUGCACCCCACAGGUCCACAUGGAGAACCUGGUCAACUCACCGUCUUCUACUCGUCCGUCAAGCACCUUCCAAUCCAUUGGACUUUGCCGUACGAGCGCAACUGUGCAGGUCUAGCCAUGGCCACGUCUGUUGACGGCGGACACACCUGGCUUAAAAGUCCACUGAACCCCAUUUUGGAAGGCGAACCAGAAGGUCUUGUUGUCACCGGAUUCAGAGAUCCAUACUUGAGUCAAUGGCCUGAAAUGGCCUCAACUCUCGGUGAGGAUGGAAACAAGCUCUAUGGGGUGGUUUCAGGAGGAAUUGUGGGCAAGGGCCCUAAUGCAUUCUUAUACUCCGUCUCCCCAAACGACUUGGCUACUUGGGCGUACAUCGGAACUCUGACGGAUAUCCCCAUCGGCUUCACUCGCCCUACCCACUGGACUGGUGACUUUGGUUUGAAUUGGGAGUGUGUCAAUUUCAUGUCUAUCGGCGACGAAAAGGAUCGAGUCCAGGUGUUGACAUUUUGCUCGGAAGGAGGUUUCGGUAAAGACUAUGUCAAGGGACAAGAUGGCGAAAACGGUGCAUGGACCCUGUGGAUGGCUGGAUCGUUGCAAAAAGGGGAUUCCGGAGUAACUCUCAAGCAUGAAUUCAGUGGUUUUUUGGACCAUGGAAAUCUCUAUGCCCCCAAUUCCUACAAACAUCCCAUCUCGGGCGAGCGUAUUGUAUGGGGCUGGAUCAAAGAGGAUGAGCUGCCUCUUCCUCGGCGCGAAUCCAAGGGCUGGGCGGGAUAUCUCUCCAUUCCACGGGAGGUAUUCUUGCUUCGAAGAUCACAAGUGAUUCGGACAAUUAAAACACCCUUGAGGGAGAUGCCAUCAUUGAAUGUCUACAGGGAACCCAAUGGGACCAAUACUGUCCAGACAUUGGGCAUCCGUCCACUGCCAAGCAUCAAGGCCCUUCGAAAAUCGAAACCAAUCUUCUGGACAUUACCAUUAGGGACUAAGAAUGGAGACUCAAAUUUCCUUCGUGCGGUGAAAACUACGAGCUGGGAGAUAGAAGCAGUUGUUAGUGUUGGAGCUGGCCUUAAAAAGGUCGGCUUCCACAUCAAGCACAACAACGAUCAUUCACAUGGCACGACUGUCAUCUUUUCCGCCGAGGAUGAAAAGAUUACUGUUGACCGGAGUCGAUCAAAUGAUCAAGAUGACAUUCCAAAAAAGGCCGUCGAUGGACCCUUCACACUUUUUGUCCUUUCCGAGCAUGAGCUUGAAGUUAUAGAGGAAUUACACAUGCGACUCUUCUGUGAUGGGGACGUCCUGGAAGUGUUCGCCAAUGAUAGAUUUGCCCUCUCGACGGUUGUGUAUUCAGAUACUCAGAGCUGUUGUGGGAUUAGUAGCUUUGUAGAAAAAGCUGGUUGUGACGAUGCUACAUAUUUCCGGUCAAUCUCCUUGUGGGAAGAGUUAGGCGGUCCCUAG